GUAGCAGCGAGGAAUCGAGACCUGGGGGCGGGGAUCCUGGAAAGUUGGGAGUGAAGAAACCAAGACCGAAGGCUUCGUCGCCCAACCGACAGGGACCACAGCAAUGCCAGGUCUGCGGGAAGGUGUUCAACAACGCAUCGGCGCUCACGAAGCACAAGCUGACGCACAGCGACGAGAGGAAAUACGUGUGCACGAUGUGCGGCAAGGCGUUCAAGCGGCAGGACCACUUGAACGGACACAUGCUGACGCAUCGAAACAAGAAGCCGUACGAGUGCAAAGCGGAAGGAUGCGGCAAGUCGUAUUGCGACGCGAGGAGUCUGAGGAGGCACACGGAGAAUCAUCAUGCCGGUAGCAAGGUGAACGAGAGCGUUAGUCCUAGCAGUCCAACCACUGGCCCUCAUACACCCAACACACCAGGAAGCAAUCCCAGCACACCCAGCACACCAGGUGCAACAUCGACACCGAAUGGCCACGGGCAUCCGGCCUUGAAGCAACUGCUCGCCACGGAACCGACACAGGCGCAACAGCAAAAGAGUGCCACAUCGCCUGGUGCCAGCAACGAUGGCCUCACCAAGCAGCAACUCGAGCUCAUUCAACAGAUCAUGCAGCAAACGCAGCAGCAGCAACAACAACAACAGCAGCAAAUAUCCGCGCAGCAGCCACAACAGCAACGCAACAAUUCGUCAACCACAGUCACAGCGCAGAUUCAAAAAACGCAGAAACCGUCCGUCAAGUCCACAACGUCAUCUGGAAGCGUUUCAAAUAAUUCUGGAAGUUCGAAUGCAACCAACAACGCGAGAUCAAGCCCGAAACCCAAGGUCUGGAGCCACGUGCAGCAUCAUCAUCAUCAUCAUCAACAUCAACAUCAGACGCAUCUGGAGCAGCAAUACCAGCAGCAGCAGCAACAGUUCCAGGCGCGGCAAGGGCAGCAGUACAGUCAGCAGCCCUAUCAGCAUCAUGCGCAUCAUCAGUAUCCGCAACAGUAUCCGCCGGAUUAUCUCUAUCGGUUCUCGUUGCAGGUAAAUAAUGUUCCGUCGGGCACGAGUGCCACGGCGAUCUACUAA